AUUUUUUUCCUUCAGUGAACUUCAGUUGUUCCCAUAAAUCCAAUGACAGAUAGCGUCUUUUAGUUUCCCACAGCACAUCGUCAUAUAAUUCAGUAAUCACCGGUCAUUAAGCUCCACAAAGAUUUUUAAAACUUCUCAAACAGAAGAUAUUAAGCACAUUGUACUGUCCCUGAAAGUCUCUGCUUCUUAAAAAUCCACUCUUUCUUAAAUUUCUGCUUUCCUGUUGUCAUGGAGAAGGUCCAGUACAUAACUCGCUCUGCUCUGAGGAGAGCCUCAACUAUUGAGGUGCAUCCACAAACACGGCAAAGGCUUCAGGACCUUUUUGUAAACUUCUGUCUUAUCUUAAUAUGUCUGCUGCUUAUAUGCAUCAUUGUGAUGCUUCUCUGAAGUCCAGCUUUUCUUGAUUGAUCUUCACUACAUUAUGCAAUGGGAAAUGGACACCAGAAGGAGAAAGGAACCAAACAUGAAACAUCCAGCAGAAGGAAAUCCAUGCAAGAAAGUGCAGCACUUGUCUAAAUAAUUUCUCACCAUCUCCACUCUUACUCAUUGUAACCGUUAAAAGCACCUGUACUGAACAGUGAUUUGAAAACUACUGUCACAAGGCUAUGCAUGAGCUAAUUUGCCUGCUUUAUUUUUAAAGGAAGUCUUCUGUGGAUGCUGAUGAUUAGUUCUAUAAUUACUUGCGUUAUGAUGUGUAAAAUGUCCACCUAUAAAAUCUUAAUUAGCAGCCUUGAACUUUUGGUUCGAAGUUAUUUAUUUAUUUAUUACUGCUAAUCAGCUGUGUUUACUUUCACAUCUGAAUAAAGAAUGGGCUGAAUGCACUACUAUUAAAAGCACAAUUAAAUUGUUACAUAUUCUAGGAAAUACAUGUACCUCGGGCUACUUGGAUUGUUAACUGAAGCUUUCAUUAACUUUUUUCCCACAUAUUCAUGAUACAAGCUUUGAAAAAAGAUAAUAAAGCAUAUUUACUGCCUUGUUCUACUGAAAUACAAGUAUUUCAAUAGACUUAUAGUCAGAAGCAGCAAAAACAAGAAUUCUGAUAAGGACCGCAGCCAAGUAUAAAUAUACCUUUAGACAUUUGAUAUAUUUAUAAAUAUUGAAUACACUCUCUCCUGUAGCACUAGUGGAGUCCCCCAGGUGAUCCUUUCAUUAUGCAGUUGUUCUUCAUUCACAUAAUUUAGCAGGAGGUCUAGAUACAGAGUUCUUUCAUGUUUUUGUUCCACAAAGAAUCCAUCACAGUAAAAAAGAGUAUCUGUACAACAGCUUUGAUUGGUUGCAUUAGAAGCUUACCUAUUGUCUGAUUGCAUAUAACAAAUAGCAUUUUUGCACAGCUAAAAAAAAGCCAAGGAUUAAAUUUGAUUUCAAUACUUUUCCCAAAUACAACAUUAAGUGAAACUAUGGAUAAAAAUGUCUUGCAUUUCACUGAAAUCUAGUUAAUCAAAAUAAAUAUUUAUACUUUAUAAUA